CAACCAGUUGCUUCAGGUUAUGUCUCCUCCUCAUACUGAAUCCUUUCUGCCCGAGGAUAAACCACGGGGAGCGAGUGAUUUCAAUAUGAGUCCACCUCAACCCUGCAGCUCCGACCCUUCACUGCUCACCGACCCCUCACUGCUCAACGACCCCUCGCUACUCGCAGACUCCCGUGGAGGAGAAGAAGAAGAAGAAGAGCUCGUUACGUGCCCGGUGCAGCCCAAUGGAUCCGCUCACUAUACAGUCUGGACCCAGGAACUGAACUUAAAUACUGACAAUGGACAUCUGAGAACAGCUGGUAACCAAGGGCAGCGCUCAUGGCAACAGUGGAUCAGGAAGUACAAAUAUUGGCUGAUUAUCUCAGUGAUUGUUGUCGUUGGAAUUAUUAUUGGUUUUGCUUUCCUCAUCUAUUAUGUCACACAAGCAGUUGACCUGGAUAAUAACCCUGAUAAUGAAGAGAGGAAUUCUACUGAGCCCCCCGAUGCUGGAGGGGCCCUAAUCUGGCAGAACUGCAGUGGAAUCCGACUCAAUAUCUCGACUGAUGAGGUUUCCUGGGGAGAUGCCAAUGGCAACUGCACAAAGUAUGGAGGGCAACUAAUAGACAAGUCCCAGAUCAAUAAAGAAUGUAUAAAACUGGAUGAGGAUUUCUGGAUCAUGCGGGAGAACAAUCAGUCAGAUGAGUGUGAGUCUUACAACAUGAACCAUCCAAACUUGACAUUAAAAUGUGAUACCCAGAGGAGAUACAUUUGUAGCAAAUCCUGAUUAAAUGGCGGCAUUUACACUACAUCCAUUGCAUUAAGGACACUGAAAGUAGUUUUUUCCUUCCUCAUGAUAUCAGAGCCACGUCGCUGUUGGCAAUGGAAUGAGACGGUGCAGAGUGUAGAGUGGUACUACCAGCAGGAGCCUGAGGAGCAACUACACAGUCUUCCCCCUUUCCUUCUAUACCAGUUGAACUGAAGAACUCACUCUGAUGAGCGGUGAAACCUUUUCAAGAAAAACUCUAAAUGUCCAGUUGCCUUUGACUGAAUUCUACUAAAUACUGAAAUGAGAAUCUUCAUAGACAUUCAAUACUAGUGUUUCCCAAUUUUGUUUCUCUAUUUUUGUUCUAGCUGUGCCCACUGUAAUGACGAGCUGCAUUUUCAACCAUUGCCCAUUCUUUCCCAUCCAAUCACUUGGUACCAGUGGUUCUGCUUUAUCUGUCUCUCUCUAUGUACAUAUCCAGUGUACCUGUUUCUUUUCUUUUUGAAAGAUUUUCUUUAUUGAACAUUUUCCAUAACUUUUGUUUAGAGAGACUAGAGACGAAAGAAGAUAGAAAAAGAAGAAGAAAAGAGAGAGAUGAGGGGUUCCCGAUUUCACAAUCACGGUUAAUACAUGACUUAGGCAGUUUAACAUUGACUCUCAGGCUCGGUUGUCCAAGUCCGGUGCUGCAUCAUCUAACCAGCGAUCCCAGAUUUCCCAUAUUUUUCCGGACAACCACGGGCUAGAUAAACCAGUUUCUGCUUAGGAAGUGUGUCAUCAAUCAGUUUUUUCCAGAAUCCCAGAGUGGGCGGUUCUAUGGCUUUCCAGGUCAGGAGUAUUGCCUUUUUAGCGUAAUGGAGAAGUUGGUGGAGGCAUAUCCUGUCUCCCGAGGGGAGUCUAAGGUCUCCAAUCUGCCCCAGUAAACAAACUUCCGGUGUCCGGUUAUUAGGUAGACCCAGAGAGGUGUCAAUAAAAGUAAGUACUGAGGUCCAGAAACAUUGUAUCUUUGGGCAUUCCCAAAACACAUGUAAAUAAUUGCCUUGUUCUACCCCACAUUUUACACAUUGAUCAGGAUAACCUUGGUAAAUUCGAGCCAGCCUGUGCGGUGUGUAAUAA